GCAGACCUGUUUCAAGGGAAGUACUCAUAAUAUAGCUGAUCCAAAAUGGCAGAUGGUCUCCUUAUAUUUUGCGGCGUGUCGGUAAUACUACUUUUACUCUACUACUAUCUUACGUCAAUCCACAACUUUUGGAAAGAUCGCGGUAUACCUGGACCGCGGCCCACGCCCAUCUUUGGCAACCUUCGAGCAGUAACAUUCAGAGAAAUAUCCAUGGCCGAUCUUGUACGACAAAUGUACAAUGAGUACAAACACGUGCCAGUGUUCGGAAUUUUCGCAGGGAAUUCACCAAUUUUGAUUAUUAACGAUAUGGAUAUGAUUAAAGACGUUCUGAUCAGGGACUUCUCACUUUUCUCUGAUCGAGGAGUGCCAAUAUUUCCCGAGGUGGAACCACUGUGCGAACAUUUAGGCCAUUUAGAGCCGGAAAGGUGGCGGCCAUUGAGGACAAGACUCUCGCCAGUAUUCACAUCUGGCAGAAUCAAAGAGAUGCUUCCCCUCGUGGUAGAAUGCGGGCAGCACUUGAAAGAGUAUUUGGAUAAAGUGGUGUCGAACGGUAAACCUGUCGAUUGUCGUGAAAUAGCUGCGAAAUUCACUACCGACGUAAUCGGUAGCUGCGCCUUUGGAAUUGACAUGAAUGCACUCUCCGACGAGAACAGCGAGUUUCUUGCCAUGGGCAAAAAGGUGUUCACACUUUCUCCUAAAAAACUUAUGAGAGAAAUCGGCAGACAAUUUUUUCCUCGUUUGUACAAAGUAGUGGGUCACGUAUUUCAGACAACUUACCUUACAAACUUCUUUAUAAAUGUCGUUGUGGACACGAUAAAUUACAGAGAAAAAAGCAAUAUAAUUAGGCCUGAUUUCAUUAAUAUGCUUAUGGAACUCAAGAAGAAUCCGCAUAACUUGGAGAAUAUCGAACUGACAGAUUCGUUACUCGCUUCGCAGGUGUACGUCUUCUUUAUAGCUGGUUACGAAACUUCCUCGUCCACGAUGAGUCAUUCACUUUACGAACUAGCAAUAAACACUGAUAUGCAGGAUAAGUUACGGAAAGAAAUCAGGGAAAACUACGCACAACAUGGUGAAACUUUGACAUUCGCUCAGGUGAACGAGAUGAAGUACUUGGAUUUAGUGUUUAGAGAGACUCUGAGGAAGUACCCAAUCGUGCCUAUGUUGAUGAGAAAAGUGUCCACAAAUUACACUUUUAAGGGAACAAAUGUUACUAUCCCAAAAGGUACGAAUGUAUGGAUACCAGUGUACGGAAUUCAUCGCGACCCUGAUAUUUAUUCGAAACCUGAAGUGUUUGAUCCUGAAAGGUUCGCCGAAGGCGCCGUUCCGGCCAAGCAUCCGAUGAGUUAUUUAGCUUUCGGCGAUGGACCACGAAAUUGCAUCGGUGCCCGUUUCGCAGUUUACCAGAGCAAGGUUGGACUUAUCUCGAUUCUUCGUAACUACAGAGUCGAUGUUUGUGAAAAAACAAGGAUUCCGUAUGAGUCUGACAGUCAGUCGCCCUUGUUAAUACUGAAAGGAGGAGUAGUAUUAAAAAUAACGAAAGUAGAAUAA